AUGGACGACAUAAACAACAUCAAUAUGGAAGAACCAAAAGAAGAACAACAAACAACAAAAGAGCCCCUAAUGGAUAGGGAGAACAAUUUGGUUAAAAAUACUUCAAAAGCUAAAAAUAAUUCUUCAAAUGUUUCAAUUAUUAAUCAUACUUCUUUCUUGGCUUUAAUUCAAAAAGAAGGAAAAUCAACACGUGAAACGGUCCAGAAGAGCCACGAUUUCAUUCGUGAGGCAAUGCUUACUUUAAAAAAUGAAAUAGUGGGAGAUGUGCUUCAAGCACUGAAUCCACAACUUUCAAAUUUUGAAGAUCUUUUGAAAGAAAUUAAAAAUGAAAUAACUAAUAAUGAAGAAAAUAAUUCGGAUUCUAUUUCUGUCAAUGAAGAAAUAAAUAAUGAAGAAGAAAUGCAAGAAAAUCUAGAAAAUCCCGCCGAAAUUUUGAGAGGCGGAGAGGCAAAUAAUCGUGAGGAAAAUGCCACUAAUCGUGAGGGAAAUAAUAAUAAUAAUCGGGGAAGAGGAGGCCGUGGGCGUGCACAAAAUAGACGCUCACGAGAUUCCCGCUUAUUCUUCCUCUUACGUCAAAUUGAUCGUGAGAGAGGCCAUGAAAUGGCUCGUGACCGUUUCCGUCCAUAUUACCCACGUGGCCGUGGAGAUUACAACAACAACCAGUAUAACAACAACAAUUUCCGUGGACGCAAUAAUCGUGGAGGAUACCGCCGUUGA